ACUUCUGCCCUUACACCUUGUUGUCUUGUUCGGCCUAUUGUGACACCCCUCUGCCCCUCCUCACUCCUGAUAGUGUUUCACUUGGUGGCAUAGCAUUGGGUAGGGACACAUCUUCCUGUUGGAAAACAGUGCCCCCACCCAAUGCCACCACAAACAUGCCCCCCCCUACUCAGUUUGAUGAAAUUGUGGAUUCAUGGCCUUUCAGCCACACUGAGUACUUUUAGGGCUCAGGGUGAGAGGUUACAUCAAGGACGAUCUGUCCUCUUGGUAAGAAAUGAUCCCAUGUUUUGGCACCAUUUACUGAAAAGGCAGGGGGCACCUAGCCCUGUGUCCUAGGCAGAGUUUAAACAUCAGCAUUGUUAAAAUAACAGGGCAGUAGCUGACGGGCUGAAUGGCCCACUGCUCCUGUUCCAUCAGCAAAUAUGGGUCAGAAACAGUGUGGGAUUGGGGGAGUAGAAAAGCGAUGCAACCUGUGAUUGAUGGAGUGUUCCUCAUGAAAUUCUGUCUCUCUCAGGCAAUCGGAGAAUGGGGGCAACGUCGGAGUUGGGGUGCACAGUGGGGCUGUUUACUCUGAUUCAUCAUCCCUGUCAUCAAUAUAUGCCAGAUUUGUUUGGGUCAUUUUUACCUUUCAUCCCAGUGUAUUCUGAGCACUCAAACAAAAUACUCCAAUUGAAGCCAGGCCAAUACUUCAUAAAGAUUAAACACAAUUUCCCUGAUAUUCCUGUAUCACUUCAAAAGUUCCACAUUUUCCAAAAUGUCUUCCCUAUUUAAAUAAUUGCAAAGCACUGCAAAUCUGGGACAAAAAGAGAAAGUGGUGAAGCAACUCAGCGGGUCUGUUUGUGUGUUUACUAAGGAGUUUGCAUUUAUAUAACACCUUUCACGACCCUGGGUUGCCCUGAGGAACUUCACAAUGAAAACUAUUGGUCGUUAAAGUUGUAACUUCAAUUUUUUUUUGUUCACAGAGAAUGGACGUUGCUGACUUUGCCAUUGUUUAUUGUCCCUGGAGAAGGUGGUGGUGAGCUGCCUUCCUGAACGGCCACAGUUCACGCAGGAUAGUUGCACCCACAGUGUUGCUGGGAGGGUGUUGCAGGAUUUUGUAACAUAGCAAAUACAGCAGUCCGGUGCCACCCAUCAACAUGCCACAAACAGCAAAAUGAUAAUGACCAGAAAAUGUAUUUUAGUGAGACUGGUUGUGGGAUAAAUAUUGGCCGCAAGGAUAGGGAGUGUUCCCCGGCUGUCCUUCCAAUACAGCCAUAGGAUCUUCAAUGUCUAGCUGAUAGUGCAGACAGGGCUCAGGUUAAUCUCUAGUCAACCCUACUCCUCCUUUGGGCCACACUGCUACAUUAGUGCAGACAAAGUGCUGAAACCUUGACGCUAUCCAAGGAGCCAAGGUUAGAAAUGAUUAAUUGAUUUACUUUUUAAUCCAAACUUUUAGAAGGAGCUCAUAGCAAAGCACGAGGAGGUGAGGCAACAAGUAAGGAAGACAGAAGAGUUAAUCGAUAGCCUCAAACAGCAGAAGAUUUCCAUGAAGGACUGUGCUUCUCGGGCACAAACAAACUACACCAGCAAGUUUGAGAUGCUGAAGCAGGAGUUGGAGCAGGUUCAUGCUAAGGUAUUGCAGUACAUAAGGAGUGAAGAACAGCUCGCGCUGGAGCAGGCUGACAGUGCACUGGAGAGACUGGAGGAGAAAUAUGCCGUGCUGAGGGAGACCAGUCUGAAGCUGGUGAGCACGCUAAAGAGUAAUGACCCUCUGCAGAUCUUACAGUUCCCUCAGGAGAUUUACCCCUUGAAUAAAAGACUGCAGGACAUAGUGCUGCCUUCCUCGGACCUCUCAAUAGAGAACAAGCUACAAGGAGUGAGAAGGGCCUUGGAGCAGAUUUCCAUCCUGACCUAUCAGGACCUACAAGCCUGCUUCAGACCACCGUCAGAAUCAGUGGAUGUUUUAGAGUCCGUUUCGACUGACAAAGGUGAUCCUGUGAAACCUGUCAUGCUUCAGCCACUCCGAACGAAUCUGCACAUCAGAGAACCAUUCCUACAGUGGUGCUCGCGGCUGAGUUUUGAUGUCAACACAGCACACCGAUUCCUCUCCCUGUCCAAAGGAAACCGGCGAGUUUCCCACAAGGACACACAGAAGUACCCGACGCACACUGACCGCUUCGAGAAGGAGUGGCAGGUGAUGUGCCGUGAGAGUUUCAGCAGUGGCCAGCAUUACUGGGAGGUGCUGAUCAGCAGUCAGUGGGUCUACCUCGGAGUUACUUACAGAAAAAUCGGCAGACGGGAUGCUUCCGCCUUGAUCGGCAGGAACAGUGUCUCCUGGGCCCUGCAACUCUUCGACAAGAGCUAUUCAGCUUGGCACGACAACCAGGAGGUCAAACUGCAGCCAGCAGCCUACAGUCGGAUUGGGGUCCACCUGGACUACGCCGCCGGGACCCUGACAUUUUACGGCAUCACCGAUAGCAUGACUCGGAUCCACACUUUCCAGUCAGUCUUUACUGAGCCGUUGUACCCUGUCAUUUGGGUGGGGGAGGAUGUUGUUGUGACACUCUGCUGCCUCCGUGAGGAUAGAGGCUCCUUCUCCGCAACAACACGGGAUGGCUUUGGGAAAUAAAAUAAAGGCAUUUACAUAGAGCACCUUCCACGAUGCCAGGAUGUCCCAAAGCAUUCCACAGCCAACCAAGUCCUUUCCAAGUCCUCUCGCACUGCAGGAAACAUGGCAGCAGAGCAAAGGAAGAUCCCAGAAAUAGCUGCAUGAUGCUGUCAGAUAAUUUUGUGACGUGGGGGAUACAAAUUGGCUCUGACAUCCCCUUGUUUUGCUAAAUAGGACCUGCGUGAUCCUUCGGUGUUGAUUUGAGAGAGAGGGGAGUUUGUGCCCCAGCUCUGUGUAGGUGCGAUGUGAUUCAUGACUUUUGGGCUAUUUUGGUGGGGUUCUUGUGAGGUGGUUUUGUCGGGGGGGACGGGGGUGUUCCCUGGACCUUCUGACAGUUGAUCUCAUUACUUUGGCGUUGCACCUAACAGUAAAGAGGUUUGUGUUGGAGGAAUGCACCUUGUGGUAGCAUGGGAUUUUCUUAAUAGCCAUCCCAAGCCUUGAUUUGGGACCUUGUAAAGUGGGAACUCGUGACUGGAAAGGUGUGAGAAGAAACUGUCCAGAUUCCGAUGACAAUGGAGAAAGCUGACUGAGUCACCACCUUGCCUCAGCCAUCCCGAUUAAACAUUGGCUUCAGUUAGAGUGCAGAAGCACCUAUUCAUGUGGAUUAGAUUAGAUUCCCUACAGUGUGGACGCAGGCCCUUCGGCCCAACAAGCCCACACCGCCCCUUGCAGCAUCUCACCCAGACGCAUCCCCCUAUAACCCACACACCCGUGAACAUUACGGGCAAUUUCCCGCGGCCAAUCCACCUUGCCUGCACAUCUUUGGACUGUGGGAGGAAAGCCACGCUGACACGGGGAGAAUGUGCAAACUCCACGCAGGCAGUCGCCCGAGGCUGGAAUCGAACCUGGGUCCCUGAUGCUGUGAGGCUGCAGUGCUAACCACUGAGCCACCGUUCUGCCUUCAAUAGAGUUGGAUUGGGUGCUGGCUGGGGGGCAAUCAGGUUUGUUUGACAGGUCAACUCAUAAUAGAUCCUUCAGUCCAACCAGUCCAUGCCAACUGUAAUCCCAAACUAAACUAGUCCCACCUGCCUGCACUUGGCGUCUUUCCAUCCAAAAUUUUUUAUUGAUGUCUUUAUCUAAAUGUCUCUUAAACGUUGUAACUGUGCCUGCAUCCACCACUUCCUCUAGAAGUUCAUUCCAUUCACGAAUCACACGCUGUGGAAAAACAUUGUCCCUCAUGUUGCAGUUGUACAGGACUUCGGUUCGGCCACAUUUGGAAUACUGCGUAGAGUUCUGGUCACCACUUUACCAAAAGGAUGUGGAUGCUUUGGAGAGGGUGCAGAGGAAGUUCGCCAGGAUGUUGCCUGGUAUGGAGGGCGCUAGCUAUGAAGAGAGGUUGAGUAGAUUAGGAUUAUUUUCAUUAGAAAGAUGGAGAUUGAAAGGGUACCUGAUUGAGAUCUACAGAAUCAUGAGGGGUAUAGACAGGGUGGAUAGCAAAAAUUUUUUUCCCAGAGUGGGGUACUCAAUUAUGAGGGGCCAUGAGUUCAAAGUGAGAGGAGGAAAGUUUAAGGGAGAUAUGCGAGGAAAGUUCUUUAUGCAGAGGGUGGUGGGUGCCUGGAACGCGUUGCCAGCGGAGGUGGUAGAUGCAGACACGAUAGUGUCUUUUAAGAUGUAUCUAGACAGGUACAUGGAUGAGCAGGGAACAAAGGGAUACAGACUCUUAGAAAAUAGAUGACAGGUUUAGACAGAGGAUCUCGAUCGGCGCAGGCUUGGAGGGCCAAAGGGCCUGUUCCUGUGCUGUAAUUUUCUUUGUUCUCAUGUCUUUUUAAAUCUUUCUCCUUUCACUUUAAAAAUAUGCCCCUUAGUCUUGAAAUCCCCCACCUGAGGGAAAAGACACCCGCCAUUCACCUUACCUGUAACCAUUAUUAUUUUAUAAACUUCUAUAAAGUCACCCCUCAACCUCCUAUACUAGUGAUAAAAUUCCCAGCAAAGAGAUAACAUCUUCUGCUGUUAAACAGGACACGAAGAGGGUACGGGACUAGCAGCCAGAGUUGGAAGUCAGUGUGCAGCAAGGUUUUGUAGCUAAAAGUUGCAAAGAAUCCAAAAGAAAAGGAGGGUCUUGCUAUAUUUUUCUCGCAAUUGAAUGAAAGAAAUGAUGUAUAUCCAUAACUCCUGCUCUGUAUGUUCAC